AAAACUUCAAUAUGGUGAAAAGCCAGUUUGGAACCUGAAAUGUUAUGUUUUUCAGCUUAAAGUUAAGAGAUCGGUGAUUUUUUGCAAGGUGUUUCUCUGAAAUAAUAAAGAAAAGAAUGGAACCUUCAGGACGACCUCCCGAUGUAAACAAGAAACCCAACUUUCUGAAUUUUGACAAUUUAAAGGCGAUCAGAAUACCGAAAACACGACAUGAGAAAGGCAAAGGCUCCUCUGUUCUGGAAAAAGUAGACUUAAACUCGUUUAUGUUUUCUAACGAAUUACUUAAGAUUAUCGAAAAAAGCUUCCUGCGUUUUGAAUCAAAGAGAAAUUUUGAAUAUAAAGGCGCACAAUUCGUCAAUAACCGUGUCAAAAUGAACAUGUUCAACAAUCGGCGAAAGGAGUUGAAGGCAUCUGGAUAUAGUGAGAGGGAACUCAAAGAAGAAUAUGGUUUUAUGAUAUUACAUCCUAAUAAUCCUGAAAAAUUCAACGAGUUAAGUGUCCACGGUGUUAAAGUAGGGAACAACAAGAAAAAUAUUUUGGGCUCAUCUUCUAAAGGCGUUUUACUUAGUCGUCAUGCUGAUCUAGUUGCAAGUCAUCAUUUAGAACCUGGAGACGUUUUUGAUUUGUUUAUAUUUAAAUAUAUCAGGGGGCGCAUGAAAGCUAUUGAUCCAUCCGAAAACGAAAUUGAUCCUACCUUCAAUUUUGAUGCCCAUAUUAUGAAGGGAGGAGAAACUAUAAAGCAAAAAUUAAAUCAUUUGUCAAUAUCUCAAGCAUUCGGUUAUGCACAGAUUUUUCUGUAUGAGUAUGAUGAGACAGCUGAAAUUGUUGAAAGCCCUAGACAUGUUUGUCCUCAUGCUAUUGUAUCGGUAAAAUUACAAAACAGAUACCGAAUGUUCAAAGAUGUAAAAAUUACGCGUCGAUCAGUUGAUCUGGCAGAUUCUUCUAUAAAAAUUCAACGCUAUUCCGUCCCUCCUAAACAUCAACUCAGCUACAAUUUACAUCUGCCUUCUACGUCGUCAACUUUAAGCUCAGGAAAAAACGAAGCCGCUCCUGCUAAUCAAUCUCAUCCCAAUCCUCCCACUGCCAAGUCAAGUGAAAAUCGCAUUGUUUGGAAGGGACAUUUGUCCACAAACAAGAACCGGAUUUUGUGUGAAUGUAUUCUAGUCUCUAACAAUUCUUUACUUGUGUCUAUUGAAUUGCCGAAAGUCAUUUACUUGCAAAACCGCAUUGGACUUCAUGAUGUGGAAGACAAACAUUUUAGUGGUGUGACAGCCAUCAGUUUCAAAAAGGAAUCACUAAAUUCUCAAAACGGUUAUAUUAACGCAUUUAAGCUAAAACAAGCUGACGGGUGCAGCAAAACUCUGAAUGGAAUUUCAAACUAUUUUGCAAACACUCACUCUGCUGGCUUAGCAGACUUACCCAAUGGAUACCGGAUUCUGGUUUUCCCACUCUGCGAGUUAACUGAAAAGUUAGGUCUCCCCAAGGAAAACACAUCAGCAGAUGUGUUUGUAAUAAUUUUAUCGCGUACAAGUCUUCAGCUCCCUCAGAAAGCCUCCAUCUUUACCGCUCCGAAGGUGGGGGCGAGAACCAAGGAGCAAGGCAUUCCUGGAAAAAUAAGCGAACAGCAAAAGGUAUUGAUGAGUCGGAAACACACAAAAAGUUGUACAGACCCAGGCGAGAUUCACCAAGGGAACGUUACGAAUUGGGUUUCAACGAAUGUUCAAAAAGUAGCAGGCGAACCUACCGGAAGGAUGAGUAUAAUAACCAAUACAGAGUGUAUCGGUCCCGCAAGAGAAAGAAACGAUCAAGAUCGCGAUCGCUGCCAUAUAACAGACCACGUGAAAAAGUCGAACAGAAAGGGCUCUCAUGGAGGAGAGCGAAAUCGCAAGCAUCACCCAGAAAAGAGGAAAUAUUCGACAAGUAUCCAGCAUCAAAAGACUAUAAAAGAGAACAUUGGUCAAAUAGACAAUGAGAUACCCUCAAAACAAAAAAAAAGAAAUGGCGAUAGCAAAGAGUCUCGAACUGAGUUAAACAAUUUAUCCAAAAAGUCUAUUGAGUCUAUAACACCUGAUGAAAGUUCAUCAAAAUUAAACAACUUUCGUGCUAUUAAUAAAAUACUGACAUAUCAAUACUAUAUGGAUGAUUUUCCUAGUCCCAGCAAAAGUAUACUGAGAUCGAGAAAAACUUUUUCUUGCCCUUUUGAUUAUUAUUUUGCUCUGAAGAAGAAGUUUGUGAGUGAUAUACAAAACUACCUGACCUCGCAUCCUUCAAUUCAGGGAACUCCUUCAAGCACUUCUUCUUUGACAUUUACUGAUUCAUCUAGUGUCAGCAAUAAAAAUGGAAGCUCGGAAAGUGUUGAUAAAAAAUCAGAAACGAAGGCCUCAAAAGGUCAGGAGAAUAAGCACAGCUCAAAGAAAAGUAAUAGGCCUAAAGACGAAAGAGUUAAAUCGGUGGAAGCAAUACCGUCCAAGUCAAUCAGUCAAACAAGACGGGUUGAGUUGAAAAGCAACGGGAAAAAAUUCAUCAAUCCAAACUAUGAUGAGUUUUCUGAUUCAGCUCCCAUUAAGUCUUAUGCUUUUGUAUCUUACGAUUAUGAUAAAACUUCAUAUAAGUCCAAUUGGAUUAUUGGAGAAGAGGGCGAACUAGAAAGACCAAUUGAAGAUAUUAAUUGCAUGAAAAAUUUGAUGGAUUUUACUGUUACUAUACAAGGUUUAAGUGAUGGAAAUAGGAAAAAAUUAGAGAAAAGUGGAACUGGCAGAAUAGCCAUGACUUAUUUGGUCUUGCAUGGGCAAUUAUCCACCCAUGAUGAAACCAAACAUGAAGAAACACUAAUAGAGAGUUUAUGGCUGGAAGGUUUACAUAGCUUCAUCCCUAAGUCUAUUAGAGAGAUAAGUGACAGAAGAGAUAGUAAAGAAGACAACAGUAUUUUCCACGUGAGACAGCUGAUGAAAAACAACAAUGGAGUCUCUGAAAUAAUACAAAGUUUUAAGAGGGCUAACAAUGCUCCGAACGAUCGAGUAGCUGCUAUGACAUUUCUUCGAUCAUCUUAUAAGAAAUAUGAGAGUCCAUUAGAGGUUGAAGAUGAAGCUACCUAUACUGCUGAAUUGGAUUCUUCUUGCUAUAGUAAAGAACUGCGUCAAAAGCAAAUCGAGAUACUAAAACAAAGAGAUAAUAGCGUUAUCACGGAUUUUCCCGAGGACCAAGGUUGGCCGUUAACUUUGUACAAAAUUGAUUUCUCUGAAGAAGCCAAUGGUGAAAAAGCUGAAGAGAACUGGUACGAAGAGGAAUAUAGUGUUGGGAAUUUGUUUGUAAAUAUAGACAACAAUUCCGAAUAUUUCUUCAACUUUAUCAAUUUUAACAUUGAUUCUAUAUCAGAAAUUAGUUCAACAGAUCGUGUGCGACUGUGGAUAGAUCAAGGACAACACGGAUCUUGCUAUCUCUCUUCACAGAAUAAUUCGCAAUCAAUUAAAUUAAUAGAUACGGAUCGAUACGGAAGGAAGAAAUGGAGCAAUUGUAAUAAUUAUAAAUUGAGUUCAAGAACACUUCAGUUGUCUCAGGUCCACACUUGGAUAGAUAACUUUCUUGAAACAGAAAUAGAAGCCUUACAAAGAAAUAUGAAAGCUUUAGGCUUGGGAUUAAAAGCUGAGGAGAGACUGGAGCAUUUACAUGCACUUAGUGAACAGACUGUCUUAGGUUCCACAUCCGAUAAUACAAAAAUAAAGGAAGUUUUUACUCAAUUUCGUCUUGACUGGUUAAGAAAGGAUCCACUAGAUAAAGUUAUAAGAGAAAAAAGUAACUGUUUCAAACCCAAUAAAUCUAUACCCAUGAGAUUCACUGUUCAGAGUAUUGUUCGGGAUGAAAUUCAAAUUUUUGACGUAGAAACGCAGAAAAUUUUACAUGCUAUACCUUCAAUAAACAAGUUAAAAGACCCCACUUCAGCCAACCAACAUAAGACGGUACAGCAAUAUUUAAAAAAGAUAGCUAAGGCUGUUAAUUGUAGAAAAAGAGGGUCAUCAGAUGAAAGCACAUCAACUUCCAUUUCGUCAAAAGCCCAAAAGUUAGAUUUGCAAUCCGUAUCUGAAAAGUUUUCAAAUAAUAAAGCUAACGGCUAUAAAUCAGUCGAUAGCUUCAACUUAUCGGUAGCAACUUUAGAAAAAUCCAUUAAAAAUUUUAUAUCAAAUUUGAGGUUGGACAAUGACUUAAAGCUUCAAAGACCCCUAAAAGUUCGAAGAAAGACUAAAAACAUCAAGUAUUUUGAAGAGAAAAUAAAUGAAGAUAUAUCAGUCAUAUUUAAAGAUGUAGCUAAUAGUAGUGAGAAACUAUUAAAUUCAUUUUCACAACAUAGCGUCAAGGUCUUACUUGUGAAGCGACUUGAAAAUGAUAUGUUAAUAUUAGCGGUUAAGAAUCAGGAUGCUUUUGUAAAAAGAGCUGAGAAAAUACUACAGCUUGAGAACAAUACUUUUUUAAAAUCUCUUUUGUUUGCUAUAAGAGAUAAGCGGGAAACAAGCGAAAUGUUGGAUAUGCAAUUAAAUCAGACAUCGCUAGACAUUAUUGCAGAAAAAGGGUUUAUUGAGAUUCUAGAUAGUCUUCAAGUAGAGUUUGAUAAGAUAGGAGGUACCAAUGAUUCGGAACUUCGAACCAGAUUUUCGAAUAAAAAUUUCACAUUAAGACUAUCAGAAAAUGCUAAUUAUGUGAUGAAGCAAAGGGAUUAUUUAGCAGCCAUUGAAAAAGAUAAUCAUUUUAGGAGAGGGAAUGGCGAAUUCGAAAUUAGGGGCUCAGUGGAUGAGAGUAAUGAGCUUCGAAAGAAAAAUUGUUUUACAAUUGAAAAUAACACAGAGAGGACUGUUGUAUUGGCAAAAAAAGAAGUUAUAAGGGAGGAUGGAGAAAUAACUUCUGAAGACGGUAAGAUUUAG